GGUGUGGCCGUGGCCGUGCAGCUCUGUCUGCGCGCAUCGAGGAGGAAAGCCCUCCCCGAGAAGAGUUUGGCUUGGCUAUGGUGAAGAGAAGGUGAAGGCGGUGGACGACUACGGAAGCUGGCACUUUAUCGUUUGAUCUCGCUACUCUGGAAAUUGCCGUGUCCUGCAGCUUGGACCGUGGGGCAUAUGAAGGGAGGAAGGAAAGGAGCGCUGAUCGGUUAGGCAGGGACAAGCCGGUCGUUGCUACCCUCUUUUUAGUCCGUUUUGCUCCACUUUGCGCUCUGCUCCGCGUUGUCCGGUCGCCACGUGGAAUCGUGCAAACACUGCGUGUUCGUCAUUACCCAUGUGAAGGCAAUCGAAAAAUAGAUAGGUUUUCAUUCAUUUGCUGUCUGAUAACUGCUGCGUCUGGUCUCGCGAGACUUAGGUGCGUCUGAGCGUUUAGUGUCCUAAGUAAGCUCUCGUCUGGUAGUCAGAGCGAGCGGCAGCACCAUACCGUUCACUUCCACCGCAAUCUGUGGUCUUAUCUCCCUCUAAUAUCUGAAUCUCGACCUCACGAGGUUCUUAAUCUCGAUCGGGCUCAGUCUUUCUUAUCCCUAUUAUCGGAUCGGAUCGGUGUAUUCCUUAGCCACCAGCCAGCCAGGGAGUGCACAUCUAUUCAUUCCCCCCCCGUAGUCUAACAGAAAACCAUUUGCAGUGUUGAAUCCUAGGUUUCAGUUGCUGCUAGUGCAUUAUUUCAUAUCCGACAACUCAGCUGACGGUUUCAUCUUGUACUCGUCACACAGGACUAAGCAUCAUCACACCCUCUUCCUCUGCUCUUGCAUUUGCUCCUUGCACACAUCUUCGUCCCAACGAGAAUCGUUUUUUUGGAUAAGCUCUGUUUCCUCUUCCGCCUCUUUUUUCUUCUCCCGUUCGUCUGCGGUACUCUGUUCUACAAUCGUGGGAUCUCUACCACCUGCGCUCCGGUCUCUUGAUUUCAACGGUUUGUCCUUACUCCCUCCAUGCUCUUAUCCCUAUAGGAGAUAUUAUCACAGGUGGUGAUCUGAAUGCAUUCAUUCAUAGGACAGUAAGAUCGAAUGAGCAGCAGCUGCGACAGCUGCUAGGGCCACAGUCUUGUGAAGGUAUCAUUCAAUGCCCUCCUCUGUCUAAACCGUGCUGCUUUGGACCCCUCUGUGUUCGUCAUCCUUCUCUUUUUCUCAACCGCUAUCAUUAUUUAUCUCCCUCUCUUCUCUCUCUUGCGCAGCUGCAUAAGUAAUUAGCGUGUGCGUUGCAUCCGCUGACGGAAAGCUGGAGACUUAAUUGGGCGUACCAUUGGUUCAACGACAUCAAACGCACGUUGCUAUCUGCUAACCAUCCCUCCUGCCCGUGUGUUGGCGGGAUCAUUCUGUCGUUCUUCGGAUCUAGUCCAGUCAGCUGCCAAGUUGGGAUCAACAACGGUGAUAACUGAGGUCAUAAAGUGAGGAGUGAGGGUGAGCGCACUAUCGUUGUGAUCGCUGCUGGCGUCAGUCGACUUGACUACGGUGGAGUGCUGUUGCUACGCCAGAUAACACGUGAUCUGUCGAUACUACCUUCUCAUUCUCAUUACAGGCAGGCAAGGCUGUGAAGGUCGAACGGUCAAACGGAACGGAGCAGUUGUGUGGACGGCUAUUCCCAAUUUAUCUUCCUCCCAUCAUUAUAUUGACAGGAAGACCGAGUGGUAUACACAGAGAGAGGGAGAGGGAGAGGAAGAGGGGCAUAAUCGUCGGCGGCUUGUCACGAAGCUGACGAAGGGUUACUGCUGCUUCCGUCGCGGUCACAUACGUGGUGAUUAGACAGUCGUCGGCGCUAUUGGUUCUCUCUGAAUCUCCGAUUUACACAAUCAUUCGGUCUAUUCUGGGUUAUGCGAUUCGGCAGGAGGAGAAUCUGCUUGUCUUCGGGUUCUCUUCUUCGCGAACUUGACCCGCCGUGUUCGUGUUUUUCCUUGCGGUUGUUCAACUGUCUUUUCCCAAGGAGACGAAAGAUCGGACAACCCCUUUGUCACUCCAUCGUGACGCAUUUUAUUUACAGUAGUACUUUUAAGUGCUCAGUAACAUGUAAACAGACGAGGGAAGGAGCGCGAAAGGUGGAUUGUUUGAUUGGCUGGUGGUGGAUUGAGGAAGGAGCAACGGGCCACUGAUAUCCCGGGAGUGGGGGGCUGGGACAGAGGAACGGGCCAGGGCCAUUAGACGGACGGACAAGUCGGCGGAUCGGUCUAUGCCUGAUGUCUCCGCCGCCGUCGAGACACAUGUAAUGCACGGGUUCCCCGUGAGAUCGUUCCCGGCGAUCUCAACGGUAAUAUUUUGGGGGAGGGGGAGCGGGCUGCUCUGGGAGCAUUCCUUCCACGCAUGGGUUAAUCCUAUCUCGGCCCACAUGAGGGGUAUCAUCCAGUCCUGUCCGUUUGGCGCACACUAGUUGGCUUUUAACCGAAAAUCAUUGAUUGACGGGGUCUAUUACACGCCGUACCAUUCAGUCUAUCGAGUCUCUGAAUGAGGAACAGUUUAGCAUCGCCAAUUAACAACAUUAAUCCAUUGAUUAACUGGGGUUGAAUCAAUAACUGCGGCUCUAUCGCUCAGCCAGUGUGAACUGUUUAAUGCACUUGACUGCCUUGUCGAAAAAGGCAAGCAAGCAAGCAAGCGAUCGAUCGAUCAAUCGAUCGAUCAAUAUCUGCGCGCAUGCCAUUGGUUGGUUGGGUGGUAGCUGCAGCUCUCGAAUCAAGCGAGAGAGGCUGAAGCGUUAGAGACCGUAGAGAAGACCUAAAUUUGCCAGCUGUCAGACAAUUCAUUUCUGCCGAUGAGAGGUCGAUUAACUUUUCUCCCGGAUCAGACGAAUUGGCGGGGUUGACCUUUGAUCCGUCUGGCAAAUUCAUCGACGGCCGUCAGUCACCGCUUCUAGAGUUGGUCAGCCGUGAAAAACACGAUUGGAAGUGGCUGAUUGAUUUUCAGCGCUGUGCGGCGAACGUUCUUGCUGUCCGCCUGGCAGCAGGUUCACCUUCUUGGGGAGAGAGAUUGUGCUGAUCUUCAGCGGGUGGAUUUCGCCCACUUUACGACGCCGAGGCGGCAUUGUAGAUUACUGGCAGCAAUAUUCCUGCGUCAUCUGUCGAAGCAGCUUCAGCCGAUAUUCUUUUUUCUUUCAGCUGUUUGAUAUUGUAUAUUGAUUACAGGGGAACCUUGGGAGUGGGCGGUUCUUUUUUGAAAGCAUCGCCGUCCAUCUUCAGAAGGUUUGCUCUUGAUUGCUUGAUUCCUGUCAUUGGUUGGUUGGUUCAUCGGCCUACUGUAAAAAUCUGGUUUCCCGUGGGUCAAUCCGAUCGGAUACGAGGGCGAGGAGGUGCGCUACCUGUAAAUCGUUUACCUCUGUAUAAUGCAGUUGCUCGUUGGUGGAAGAAGGGUGCACGGUGGACUAUAAAACAAGAGAGGGUUCGUCUAUCGCGCGGCGAAGGGCAUUCCUUUACGCGGCCUUCCUCUUCUACUUCGCUGUGUCCCCAAAUCGACUUUAGUUUUACUGUAAAAAGAAUUUAAAAAAAUGGGAAACACAGUGGGAAGCCCCGGAGCCCUGGGGAAUGGCAUGUCCUUGCUCGAUAUUCUCGCGGAGGAUGCGACUGGUCUCACGUCACCAUCGAUCACGAGUUCGCCGAGAGCAGCGCUGCAUGGCAUCGGAACGACGAGGAGCUUCCAAACGCGUCUCAGCAGCAAAUCGUUGCACGCUGGCGAUUGCUCUUUUCGCAGCCUGGCCAACGUGGUAGGGCCGGCAAUUCCCAAGCCUUUUGCUUGCGAUGUCAAUUCGAGAUACCGGAGGGAGCGUCGCAUUGGAAUCGGGCAGUAUGGGGUGAUAUAUCUGUGUGAAGAUUUGGAGACGAAGGAGAAGGUCGCCUGUAAGACGAUAUACCGACGUAAACUGCUUGUUGAGUCCGAUUACGAGGAUUUGAAGAGGGAAGUGGCGGUCAUGUGGAAGCUGAACGGCCAUUCCAACAUCGUUGCGUUGAAGGCGGUUUAUGAAGAUCCGCAAGCGGUGCAUUUGAUUAUAGAGUAUUGCGAAGGUGGGGAUCUCUUUGAGCUAAUCGAGGAGCAGAAUAACAAGGCUAUGAAAGAGGCGGACGCGGCCCGUAUCUUUAUCAAAAUCGUGGAGGUGAUUCGACAUUGUCAUGCGAAUGGCGUCAUGCAUCGGGAUCUCAAACCUGAGAACAUUUUCCUGCGCCGGAAGGACGUUGCUAAGGUCGGGGACUUUGGUCUUUCCGUCUUCUUCACCCCAGGGGAGAGGUUUCACGAAAGGGUCGGGACACCGUUUUACGUCGCCCCCGAAGUGUUGAAGAAAGAUUACGGUCCUGAGGUGGAUAUCUGGAGUGCAGGGGUCAUAUUGUACGUGCUUCUUUGCGGGGCGCCGCCAUUUGCGGGAGAAAAUUAUGAAGAGAUGGAGGAAGCACUGAAGACACCCUAUAUCAACUUCGAAAGGCAACCGUGGGCUAAAGUCUCGCAGACUGCAAAGAAACUGAUCAGGAAGAUGUUGGAACCUGAUCCUGCGCUGCGUUGCACUGCAGAUCAAGUACUAGAACAUCCGUGGUUUUCAGAAGCCCUUACACCUGCCCCUGGCGUUGGUAUUGCUCUGCCGAAGAGGGCGAGGCCAUACUGUAUGAUGUCGGAACUGAAGAAGAAAGCUCUAAAGGUCAUUGCAGAGAAGAUAACUGAGGAAGACCUCCGCAGCCUGGGUGAUGUGCUGCAUGUCAUGGAUGCGGACAAUGAUGGCCUGAUCACUUUUGACGAGUUGAAGGAAGGGUUCAAGAAUAUUGAUGUUGAGAUUUCUGAGACGGCAGUUCGAGAAUUGCUCGAAGCGGCUGAUGCAGAAGGAAAGGGUGGGAUCAACUACAAGGAGUUUGUUGCUGCCACCAUGGAUCUGCAUGCGAUCGAGGGCGGAAAGUAUUUACAAGAUGCAUUCAAGCAGCUGGAGUGGGAAGAGAGUGGAUUCAUCAAUAUCAUGGAGAUGGAGGAGGUCAUGAAUAGUUGCAGCGAGGAAAGCUUUCUGGAGCACACCUUAGAGGAAUCUGAAAAAAGCAAGGCACAGCAGCUUGAUGCCAAAGAUGGGAGGCUUGCAUACGAUGAUUUUGUGAAGGUGAUCAGUGGCCCUGGAUGGCGCAGACAGCAGGAUCGUGCAAGUCACCGAGAACGGCUGCUGGGGUUGUCAUCGAGUCCCGUGGAAAAGGUCCUACAGAUCCCGUUGACAGGUCUGCCGUCCAGUGGUAUUUCGGCGCUGCCAAGUCCGGCUUCCCAGUGCAAGGAGGCAGCGCCAACGGGUAACGUGGAUGACGCCCUCCCGCAGACGCACCUUCGGAUCCGGGUACCGCCUCGCACAUCCAGGUUGAUGCCAGACCAUCCUGCCGCACCUGAGGAGGAGCAGGCUCCGCAGUUUCAUCUGCGGCCUCUGACAAGCCCGUGGCGUCGUCGUGAGGACGAGGAUCAGUGGGAUCCUUUCAGGUGCAGCUCAGCAAAGGCAGAGCGAGUUUGCUCGCAGCUCGACGAUGAUUUUUUGCAAGAGGCGCAGAGAUUAUCUUGUCCUCCUGCUGCGGCCAUCAGAUUGCGCACCAUGCCGAUGAGAAAGCGUGUGCCGGAGGGUGACCAAUGGGACCCAUUUGGCUGCGCAAGGUCGCCGGCUGGCUCUGGAUCACCGUUUGCACUGCGUUGGACUAACUCCCCGAAAAGUGCCAAGUCAGUGGGAGCAAGUGAAAGCUGGAGGGACAGGGAGUUCCCUUGUGCAAAGGAUUGGGAUGCGGGCACCCCCAGAAAGCGUGAAUGGGAUGGGACGCCGAGGUGUGGAGAGGGAGCCAUAAACAUCAUGACUCCAAGAUAUGACACGCCACGGUACUAUGUCCCGGCUGUGUAUACAGUGAGCUGAGAGCAACGAGCGUACGGAAAAUAGACACAGAGACUCAGGUGUGUGGCCUCCUGACAAAAAAGCCAUGACAUGAGGGGUUUGGGUGUGUCUGAGUGUGUGUGUGUGUGUGUGUGUGUGUGUGUGUGUGUGUGUGAGAGAGAGAGAGAGAGAGAGGUAGGAGAAACAACGGAAAAGAUUAGGCACGUGUGAAUGUGCAGGGGUGUGUGUGUGUGCGUGUGUGUGUGUGUGUGUGUGUGUGUGUGUGUGUGUGUGAGAGAGAGAGAGAGAGAGAGAGAGAGAGAGAGGGGUUGAAAACCAAGGGCAUCAGAAAUGGAAUGGCUGUGCUAACAGAUUCGGAGGCUCAACCCUUUGAAGCAGGCAGUGAGGCUGGGCCCAGGGGAUUCUGUGUGAGAAAGACAUCAGAAUGGGAGAGAUUAGGAACGAGUAGCCCAGUGUGUGUGAGUGGCCAUCACAACGUUCUGGAGGCUAGGAGUGUGAAACGAAUGAAAACAAGGGUCUAAUUUGACGACUCUGUUUAUUUGGGUCGUUGUCUUUCUCAUCUUUUGAGGGCAUUGCACUUGCUGCUGUCCUGGGAUUCCUAGCGCUUGCUGUAGUUGAUCGGCUUCCGUAUGGUGCAUCGAUCCAACGGUGUAGUGGUGAUUCUUUUUGGUAGAAGGCAGCCUCUGUGGCAGUUUUGACAGAACUAUGUUCGUGUUUAGGUGGAGAGGCGAUCCCUUGUCUGGCAGAGGAACAGGAACAUUCUGGAGCAGGGUUGCUGCUUUAGUUGUCCUUCAUAAGAUCCUGUUUAGAGGGCACAGGAAAAGAAGAUGGAAUGUCGAAGGGGACAGGUCGUUUCGCUGCGGUUGUGUGGCGGUUCUCCUGAUGGCUAUUGUAGAUUUGGGCGGAGGCGCGAUUCUUCAUUUUGCUUCUCUUUUUGACUGUUCAUUUUGUAGUUGUUGUGAUAGUGCCUGCUUCAUUCAAGGUGCAAUGGAAGAAAGCGAAGGGGGAAAAGAAAUACUGGCAUUUCUGUGGUGAGUGCAGCUGUUUCAUGUCGUCCGGAAUGUGUGUGCAGAGCUUCCGAAUGUUGCAUGCCCGUUUGGCGAGCUUGUGGAUUGAAGCGAACACCAUUCUUGAGGUGAAACUGCAGGCCUGUCUCCACAUGUAGGGGGCCUGCACAGCGGCUGCGAUUGUUUGUGUUUGUGUGUGUGUGUGUGUGUGUGUGUGUGAGAGAGAGAGAGAGAGAGAGAGAGAGAGAGAGAGAGGUAGGUCAUGAUUGAUUUUGAGCUUUUGAAAGCGCUAAGUUAUGUGGUAGGGAUGCACAAAGUCGAGUCUGUAGCGGAAGAUGGGCUUUAGUGUGCUGGAAUGCGCUAAGGAAUGUCGAGCAGGUUGCCUGUCCUGCAAGUAGGGUGUUAUAGGACAGGGGUACUGUACGCUCUUCCUCGUUCCUUUUUGCGUACAUAUCUCGAUGACAUUCGAGCUUGUUUUCGCCUGGGCUCUGCAUUGCAUGGUGUGGAGAAUGAUUAUCUGGCACCCGGUUGUUCCAUGCGGCCUUCCUGAGAUAGUCGAUUGGCCGAAGAGGUUACCUGGUUGGGAUGACUGGAGCCUGUAUUUUGCCUCAAGGACUGAGGAGGGGAGUUCUUGAGGAGAGUUGUGCAGAGGGAAGACAGUCGAUUGACCGUCCUCUCUGCCCAUGUGACUCAUGUUUCGUAUUUGCAAGGAAUCUUGCAGUCGUGUCGCGGGAGUGAAGAGAGAUGUGCUGUUAAAAUUUCCCAUCGACAAGAAGUGAAAUGAGCACAAGCUUUGGAUUGAACUCCCAUCACGGCUUUUGGGUUGGUGAAGGGUUUUUGGUGGCAAGGCCGAAAUCCACUGUAUGCGCACUUGUGAUAGUGAGAGGGAGUCUGCUGGGACACAUGUCUAUGUGCAUAGGUGAGCCCCGCUGCAUGUGGAUAUCCGAACCUUGUACGUGGAGGUGUAUUGUCUGCACAUGUAUGUGUGAGGCACUGCAGAUCGGUGGCAGCCCGCCAUCGUUGAGCAGCCGUAGACGCUGACGUUUCCGUCCUUUUCAGUGCUGGGAAGAUUUGGCGGCGUACUCGGAGUGGCAUUGUACUCGUUGUAUAGUCCAGGCUAUUGUUAUUUUUCCAUGUUCUGAACUUUUUAUCAUUAGCUUUAGUGUUUCCUUUCGUCUAAGCUUUUUUGGUAAGCAGACCUUCUGGUAGGCACUUGGCGCCCUUCAUUCUAUCCCUUUUCUCUUUAUUCUGUAGGAGUGCACGCUUGGAAGGGAGAGGUGUCACACUUUUCACACUCGUUUCAUUUUCGAAUUGGAAGUUUUUUUUUUUUUAACAUGUUACAUUUUUAGGUGCUGUGUUGAUCAUAAAUUCCGCCUUUCUUCUCCGGAAGGUCUUGGAGCUGUCGUCAAUGUCAAUUUGUUAAUAAGAAGUAUUAAGAACUGUAGGCGAGUUUUCAACGAUGUCUGAGCAAGACUGCUGUUUUUGAUGGACCAUUCAUCACGAUUGUCGCGGAUGCGCUGUGAUUGAUAUUUUCCAUUUGUUCAUAAUAAGCAUGUUAGUUGCAUGACGAAAGAUGUGUACGAUGAAUCAUUUUGAAGUGACCCUCCCACCUUCGGUACAUUGGUGGGGGCGGUGCGGUGCACAUGCAGGUGAAGGGUAUAUUGUCUCGCGACUCGGUCUGACGCUGAACAACCGCUGGCUUCCCCCAGCAACAACCGUGGAGAAUAAUUUGCUGUCGUGUCAUGUUUCCAUCAUCAUGUGUUAAAUUGUCAUUCAUUUUUGGUGCCGUUCAAUGUCCGUUUUCUUUUUCUUUGCAUCUGAAUUGCGAUUGCAUGGCCGCCAAGUGGAUUGGCUGGCCGCUGGCCAGCAACGUAUGCUGUUGCUGGGUUCACUUUUAUUGGAGACGGGUGGUUUCGACUAGGGCCUAUCUUUGUCUAGGUGCCUACAGGCUAGCUCCACUGCUCAACAUUUGACAAGUAUCUGAACUUGGCACAUAGACUGGAUGCAUUUUGAAUGUCUUGGGCCUCUAACAGGUCCAGAUACCAUUAGCAUUCUGUGUA